GGGGAGAGCCUGGCGUGCCCUGGUGCGCAGGCGCAGUGGCCCGACGACGGACCGUGUGUUUCCAAAAUGGCGGCAGCGAUGGAUGUGGAUACCCCGAGCGGCACCAACAGCGGCGCGGGCAAGAAGCGCUUUGAAGUGAAAAAGUGGAAUGCAGUAGCCCUCUGGGCCUGGGAUAUAGUGGUUGAUAACUGUGCCAUCUGCAGGAACCACAUCAUGGAUCUUUGCAUAGAAUGUCAAGCUAACCAGGCGUCUGCCACUUCCGAAGAGUGCACGGUCGCGUGGGGCGUCUGUAACCAUGCUUUUCACUUCCACUGCAUCUCUCGCUGGCUCAAAACACGGCAGGUGUGUCCGCUGGACAACAGAGAGUGGGAAUUCCAAAAGUAUGGGCACUAGAAAGAAUUCUUCCAUUGAGCUCAACUGUUAUUCAUUUAAUGACUUGCCCUCAUGUUACUUAAGUAUAAAUUAAAUAGAACUGUGUCUUUUCUGUGUUGUCGUUCAGCCAUAUUGUAUUCUGUGUCAAAUAAAAUCCAGUUGGAUUCUAGAACA